AUGGCCCAGGGCAAAGCUGGACGGAGGAGACGGUCGAGUAGCAUCAUCUACCAAGAGCCUCCCGAGUCCAUUGAGCACACCAGCGACCAGGCUGCCCUGCCCAAUUUGAAUGCGAACUGGGUCAACGCCAAGGGAGCCUGGACCAUUCACUUCGUUCUCAUCAUCGCCCUCAAGAUCUUGUUCGACAUCAUUCCCGGCGUCUCGCAGGAGACCUCAUGGACGCUCACCAACAUCAGCUACAUGUUCGGUUCUUUCCUCAUGUUCCACUGGGUGCGGGGCAUCCCAUUUGAAUUCAACGCCGGCGCGUACGACAACCUCAACAUGUGGGAGCAGAUCGACAAUGGAGACCAGUAUACCCCCACGAAGAAGUUCCUCCUCUGCGUACCCAUUUGUCUCUUUCUCCUCAGCACACAUUAUACCCACUACGACUUGACGUAUUUCACCAUCAAUUUCCUUGCAACCCUGGGAGUUGUCAUCCCGAAAUUGCCGUUUUCGCACCGUCUGCGAAUAGGUCUCUUCUCUGAUAUACCCGAAGAGUAG